GAGAGACUCUGUGGACUCCAAGUCCUCUGCCACCCCCUCUCCAAAAAGGCCAUCAAUGGAAAGUGGAACCCAAGGCCUCACAAAUGCAAGAUCAAACAGCAGCAAAUCGAAAGUGGAGACCCCCAAAACACCCAGCAGCCCCUUGACUCCCACGUUUGCCCCCUCUGCCUGCCUCCUGGCCUCCUGCUAUCUCACAGGGGACUCUGUCCGGGACAAGUGUGUGGAGAUGUUGUCAGCAGCCCUGAAGGCAGAAGAUGAUUACAAGGACUGUGGAGUCAACUGUGACAAGUUGGCCUCAGAAAUCGAAGAUCAUAUCUACCAGGAGCUCAAGAGCACUGACAUGAAGUACCGGAACCGUGUGCGCAGCCGCAUCAGCAACCUGAAGGACCCCAGGAACCCGGGGCUGCGGCGGAACGUGCUCAGCGGGGCCAUUUCUGCUGGGCUUAUUGCCAGGAUGACCGCAGAGGAAAUGGCCAGUGACGAACUGAGGGAGUUGAGGAAUGCCAUGACCCAGGAGGCCAUCCGUGAGCACCAGAUGGCCAAGACCAGCGGCACCACCACUGACCUCUUCCAGUGCAGCAAGUGCAAGAAGAAGAACUGUACCUAUAACCAGGUGCAGACACGCAGUGCUGAUGAGCCUAUGACCACCUUUGUCUUAUGUAAUGAAUGUGGGAAUCGCUGGAAGUUUUGUUGAUGGAAGCACGCACCAAGACAGCAAUGAACAAGGUGAAGAAGAACAAAGAAGAAGUGCUAAACCACCUGAACUGAAGGAAAAAUAAAAGUUAAAAUGAAGAAAAAUACUGAACUCUGGAUGAAGCGGUAGGGAACAGAGAAUUCUUUUGCAAAUUAGUGAUCAAUCAUUAAUUAUGACUGGCUUAUAGGUGGAGCCUAAUUGGAGUGCAGAGCUAACAAUCUGUGUUGACAAGCCUUGUAGAAUGAGUGCCAGAGCAGAGGUGUCCCAUCUUUGACAAUUGGGCUGGAAGACCUUUGCUUUGAGUUCUUUCUUUCUCAUCGGAAUCUCUGUCUUUUCUGGAUUGAAAAAUACUAGAUCAGAGCUGGGGCUGUAGCUCACUGGUAGAGGAUGUGCUUAACAGGCACGAGGUCCUGGGUUCCAUCCCCAGGACAAAAAAAAAGAAAAGAAAAAGAAGAAGGAAAAUACCAAGUCAGGCACAGUGAAAACCACAUGGACACAAAUCUUCCCUGACCCCCGAGUUGCACUUG